GCCCGGCCUACUGGCCUUGUUGUACCUGUUGCGUUACAAUUGAGCUAUUUUGAAGUUCGAAUUGUCUGUCGUAUUUGGUCUUAAAGUGGUGGGGAUGGAGGUGGCUUCUACAACGUCUUCUUUCAGUCCAUCCCACUGGCUGACCACCCGUACAGGGUCCGAGUAUUGCUGUGCGUUUCUAAGACUCGAUUUGCGUUUCUAGCUUCCACUUAUGGCUUCUCGUCCUACUUUCUUUCAAUAUUUAAAGGCUGUUUUUUGUCAACCUUGCCUGUUCCCCUCAGUAUCUUGCAUGUUGCGAUCAUAUUCCCUUCGUCUUUUUCUUCUCUAGGAGUGUGUGAGCGAGUUCAAUAACCUAUCCUCAUAGCUCAGUCCUCUUAGCUCUGGUACUGCUCCUGUUGCAAAUGUUUGUACUUUUUUCCUCUUGGUAAUUUCUCCCUUUAUCAUCUUCAUUACCUUACACUUGUUAGGAUUGAAUUCUAGGAACCAAUUGUUUGCUCAGUCAUGCAGUUAGUAAAUAUCAAACCAUACCUAAUUUAACCUAACUUAGCCUAACUUCAAACUAUGCAUUUCAUUUCGAAAACAGUGCAGAAACAUUUAGAAACAUGCCUAAACUUAUGAGGAAAGUGUCGUAUAGAUUUUAUACGGUUGUACAAGAUUGUGCUGACAUUGUGAGUCUAAUGGUGUACUGAUAGUGAUUGUUCAGGACAGUUUCCCCUCUGUGUACAGUGUCCUUGCCGUGUCACAGUGUACAGUGUAGCCAACGAAACACGUGUUAGGUGAACAGUGUAUAGCCACUACGGGGGUUACAGUGUCUCACAGUGUAGCCAACUCACCCUAGCUGCUUACUGCGGCAGACAGAGCGCGUGCGGUGGCUCUUUGGCGCGAUGCUGGGUGCUCUUUGCGGCAUGUGUACCCCGUGUGAGGCCCCUAUGCCCCUGGGGGCCCCCGUGCCCAGGUGCAGCCGCCACGGGUUCCCCCCCGCCGCCGACGGCUCAUUCCCCAUGGUGGUCACGGCAAGCGGUGACCUCAGCGUCUCCCUGUUGGAGGACGACCUUCGCGCUAGCGGCUACCCCUUCUACGAGGACGACCUGUGUGACGAGAGCAUGUACCCUCGCUACCUGGCGGAGACGGUGCCCCUCCGGAGGGCCCAGCCCGUCUACGUCACUCCCGACGGUGCCAUCCUCACUCCGGAUGGCAGCGUCGUCACCUCUGAUGGCACUUUGGUGCGUUCAGACGGGUGCCUGGUGACGUCUGAUGGCACAGUCGUCAUGGCGGACGAGCCCUCGGUCUGCUACGACUCCCAGACCUGCAACAACAACUAUCUGGAUCACUGCCCACUUGAUUAUGCUAUCAACGACCCUGAGUGCCACGA